CAGUAUCAUGACGAUCCGAUGUCCAUCCCAGCAGCGCGAUAGGACAUAAGCAUGUUCGAGAUAAGAGAUACGUAAGGCCGGGGUGCCGAACUGCCGAUUGCUGCCGCUGUCCUCUGCUGCUGCACUCCGACUGCCCCCUGACUGUCAGCCUGCCACCUGCUAUGCGCUCUCCUGUGCACUGUGGCUAUGAUGAUCGCCUACUAGAGGCUGGUAGUUGCGCACGGCAGCAGUCGGGCGGCCCCCCCCACGACGGUAGAUAAGGGUAUCUGCAGCCAAUGGGCUUGCGCGGGAUGGAGUGGCCCCGUGCACAAACAGAGCGUGGAUGUGCGCCGGGCAUACCCGCUCCCCAAUCGAGAUCGCUGUGCUGCCCCAGGGCGUGCCGUUCCCAUAUAAGAGCGAGUGAUCCAUCCCAUCCCCCUUCUCAUCCCCAUCCACCAUGUCCAACCUCAUCGCCACCAAGCGAGUAGACCUCCUCGCCCCCUACCUCGCCCUCGACCAGGGCGACCGUAUCCAGGCCGAGUACAUCUGGAUCGACGGCGACGGCGGUUUGCGAUGCAAGACCACCACCGUCGACAAGCCCCCCGCUUCCGUCCAGGACUUGAAGGAGUGGAACUUUGACGGCUCUUCCACCAACCAAGCCCCCGGUGAAGCCUCCGACGUCUUCCUCCGCCCCGUCGCCAUGUUCAAGGACCCUUUCCGAGGUGGCAAAAACAUCCUCGUCCUGUGCGAGUGCUACGACCACGACGGCUCUCCCAACAAGUCCAACUACCGAGCCCACUGCAAGAAGGUGAUGGACGCCGCCAGCUCUUCUGAGCCCUGGUUCGGUCUCGAGCAAGAGUACACUCUCUUUGACGCCGACGGACAAAUCUUUGGCUGGCCCAAGAACGGUUUCCCAGGUCCCCAGGGUCCCUACUACUGUGGUGUCGGUGCCGGUAAGGUGUUUGCCCGUGACUUUAUCGAGGCACACUACCGCGCUUGUCUCUACGCCGGUGUCAACAUCUCCGGUAUCAACGCCGAAGUCAUGCCUUCUCAAUGGGAGUUCCAGAUCGGUCCUUGUGAGGGUAUCGAGAUGGGCGACCACCUUUGGAUGGCCCGUUUCCUUCUCCUCAGGAUCGGUGAAGAGUGGGGCAUCACUCCUUCCCUCCAUCCCAAACCCAUCAAGGGCGAUUGGAACGGUGCCGGAUGCCACUCCAACUUUUCCACCGUCGCCAUGCGUACCCCCGGCAAAGGAAUGGCCGCUAUUGAAGACGCCAUCAAGAAGCUCGAAAAGAAGCACCUCGAGCACAUUGCUGUCUAUGGCGAGGAUAACGACCAGAGGUUGACAGGCAAGCACGAGACGGCGUCCAUGACUUCCUUCUCGGCUGGUGUCGCCAACCGAGGCGCCUCUAUCCGUAUCCCGAGGCAUGUUGGCGUCCAGGGCUUUGGUUAUCUCGAAGAUCGACGACCUGCGUCCAACAUUGACCCUUAUCGAGUCACUUCCAUCAUCGUCGAGACCACCGUGCUCAAUUAAGCUCCCAUGUUCCCCCACAGCUUCCUUUCGCUUUGUUCAUUUUCACCGGGUUCGAGCAGUUUGAUGGAGCAAGGUCGAUAACAGAUGAUGCGAUGCAUGACAACGUCUGUUC